UCCACUGUUAUUUUUUUUUUUAGGUUAACCCGCCGUUUACCCAAGUAUUAACUAUUGUGCAUUAUCACAAUAUUAAUUAACUAACAUUUGCUUAUAAUUCCUAUUAUGUCAUCCAGUCAGGAGAAUAAUGGCGACUCAAAAAAACAGUCCCACAUACGAAAACAAGGCUACCGUGAAUUGCUACACAGGAUUGAAUCGAUAGAGGAAAACGAGGGCACCGGACUGAAUACCAUAAAAGAUUUAGGGGAAGUUUUACACGAGGUAAAGCAAAUUGACGAUCAGUGCCCGUUUGUUAAUCGCGUCGAGUUUCUCGAUGAAACUCUACUGCAGCACGUCGUUUUAUCCACUGCGGGCGGUCUUUUGGUGAAGUGCAUCGAGAACGUUGACAUUUUCACAUCGACGUAUGAGCCGACGGAAUUCGCUUCGAAAAUUAUAGAUGAGAUAAAAGAAACGGAGAACUUCAAACCAUCUGAUUUGUUGAAUCUCUUAGACGACGCCCGUAAAACCAUCCCUAGUGUAUCCGACUACUCAUUUUUGUAUGGCACUUUCGAUCCGACGAAACUUCCCGAGCCGAAACAGAAAAAAGAACGAAGCAAACGCGAGGCGCAGGAAAGUGUGCAAAAAACACAACUGGAAAGAGUUCACAAUUUACAAAAGGACGAAGAAGGCGUGGACGAUACUGUUAACUUUAUAGCGAACGUGCUUUCUUUGAAAUAUAAAGAAAACAACAAUAACCCAAUCGCUUACUUUGAUUUUGUGAUCGACUCUGAAGAUUUCGGGGCCACAAUCGAAAAUAUCUUUUACACUUCGUUUUUAGUUCGCGAUGGUAAAGCUAAAUUGAAUAGUGAAGGCAACAUUCCAUUUAUUGAGCCAGUUCGCAAAAGUAAUCUGAAGGCAUUUAGGGGUUCAGGGGGUAAAAAUUCCCAAAUGAUUCCAUCAAUUACUAUGGAUGAUUGGGAGAUGCUGAGAACCAAGGAGGGACUGAUAGAAGCUCGCAGAAAACUUUUGCAGUCCAAAACAACGUGACAUUGGUCAAGCACUAAAAUCCAUCUAAGUGCAUUUAAAUUAGCAAUAAACAUUUUAUAUUUUGUGUUAUAAAAUCAUUUUAUGUAAUAGAGGACUGUGUACUUUUGACUUA